AUGGAUGCUCUAUUUUCACCCACCUCCUCGUCCAAACCCGAUCUUUACAUCAACGGUCCUAGAGGAACGCGUGUUCCAGCUCACGCAGCGAUUUUGGCUUCAGCGUCCCCUGUUCUAGAGAACAUGGUAAAAUCCAAUGGAAUCGUAGAAAUCCGCGGUGUUCCAUACGACGCCGUCACAGCCUUUGUACGUUUCAUCUACACCUGCAGGUGCAGCGAGGAGGAUAUGGAAAAUUACGGAAUACACCUUCUUGCAUUGUCGCACGCGUAUUCAGUUCCAAAGCUGAAGCAGAUUUGCGUCGUUGGAUUAUCCAAACUCGCGACUAUAGAGAAUGUGGUGGACGUGUUGCAUUUAGCAAGGCUCUGCGAUGCACCGGAUCUUUACCUCAACUGUGCGAUGUUAAUUAGAAAUAGUUUCAGAGCAGUGCGAAAAACAGAGGGAUGGAAAUUCUUGCACACCCAUGAUCCUUGGCUCGAAAACGACAUUGUCCAAUUCAUCAACGAGGAGAAAUCGAGGAAAAAGAGAAUGAAGAGACAGAGGGAGGAGCAAGAGGUGUUUAUGCAACUGAGCGAAGCGAUGGAAUGCUUGGAACAUAUAUGUACGGAAGGAUGUACCAGCGUGGCGCCGUACGACGUGGAUGUUAAAGAACAGAGGAAGAGGAUGCCUUGUUCGAAAUUCUCCACGUGUCAAGGAUUGCAGGGGCUGAUUCGACAAUUUGCCACGUGUGAGAAGAGGAUCAAGGGAGGGUGUAUGAGGUGUAAGCGAUUGUGGCAACUUUUUAGACUUCACUCUUGUAUUUGCCUUCAUCAAGAUUCAUGCAAGGUUCCUCUAUGCAGGCAAUUUCAAUUGAAAAUGGAGAAAGAGAACAAGGAAGCUGAUGCAAGCUGGAAAUUACUAGUGAGGAAAGUCGGCUCAGCUAAAGCUAUGUCUUCAUUACAGCUCCUAAAGAGAUGA